CGCUCCCUCCUCUCCGCGCGCCUUUGGGGAGCUCUCCCGUUGCUCGCCCUCCUCCUCCGACCACACCCACGAACAGGCUCUCGUAAUGGCGGCCGUCGUCUCCCCAGUUCGCCACGGCGGACGCCACUGAGCGGGUUCCCCGUCACGCAGAGCUCUUCUGGGAUACCGGCCGCUGUGGAGGCAUCCUCGUGCGGUUCGCGUGGACGCGAAUCGCGGACUCUUCCUCUUGUUGUCGAGAACAGUCGUCGCUCUGCUGCGUGAAGCGUUGGAGGAAGAAAAAAACACAAGAAGGAUAGCGGAGAGCGAGAGGAGGAACACGGAGGAGUGCCGCUGUGGCUUUGGUGAUCGCUGUGCCUGGCGCUCGUCGAACAUGGGAGAAGAAACGCAAAGCCAGCGGCCGAUGGCUGCGCGGUGACGGCGGUCAUCCAGGUGUGCUCUUCGUCGUCUUGCUGAGAGAAGCGAGCCGUGCUUGUGUGUGUGCGUGUGUUCGGUGUAGCGAAGAGAACGCUUUCGGAGAGCUCGUCGCUCACGUUUCCCUGUGGGAGCACCUGUACGCUCGCAGAGGCCAUGGGUUGGCGCUGCGUGUUGCGAGCAUGCCAUCGGUCGGCCUCUUCCUGGGCGCCGCUCUUCCUGCUGGCUCUCCACCUUCAGCACCAGGCUUCUGAUGCGCUGAAGAUAGGGCUCGUGAUGGGCGUGAACCAACCUCAACGUGUCGUCACAGCCUUUCGUGAUGUCAUCGAGUACACCAACCAGCGUGCGCCCGGUGACCGAUACAAGAUUACCCCACUGACAACGAGGGUUUUCGACAAUGACACAUUCAAUGUCACCAAUGACGCGUGCGGCCAGCUGAGCUCGGGCGCGGCCCUGCUCGUCUCCCCGGACGGCGGCAUGGUGCUCGAGGCGCUGGCGGCCGUCUCGGCGCGGCUCCAGGUGCCGCUGCUGAGCGCGUCGGCGGCCCGCAGCCCGUCCUCCCGCCUGACACGCUUCGGCCUCGCCCUGCGGCCGCAGGCGCACGGGGCGCUGGCAGCGCUCGUGCACGCCUUGCGCUGGCCGCGCCUCUUCUACAUCUACGACUCCGCAGAAGGUCUGGACCGGCUGCAGGAGAUGCUGGCCGCGCUGCCCGCCGACUACCCUCUGGAGGUGCAGCACGUGCGGCGCAUACGCGGCGAGAAGGCUGCCUUCGAAUUUCUCCAGGAGCGCGAGAACGAGCAGUGGGACACGGACAAGUUCGUGCUGCUCGACUGCAGCGUGGAGACAGCGCGCCGAAUCGUCCAGUACGCGUACGGGAAGCGGCGAGCCUACUACACCUUCCUCUACGCGCGAUACACGCUUCCCGAUGACUGGAAGGACAGCCAGGUGUACGACCAGAGCAAAGUGCUGGCGCUGCGUAUUCUCCACGAGGAUGCCAGUGGCCACCACAGCGCCGUAAGGGCGGCCAGCAGGGACUCGUACUACAGUUCUUCCGAGAGCAUCACGGAAGAGGAGGCCCUGGCGUACGACGCGACACUUGUGGUGAGCGACAUGCUGACACGGCUGUCGCGCGAGCGGCCCGAGCUGGGGCUCGAGCUCUACCAGGACGCCACAUCGGGCCAGAGCUCGCAGUGCUAUGGCUCGCCGCUUGUGCCCUACAAGCACGGACAGGCCAUCGUCGAGCUGCUCAAGAAGACCUCUGUCAACGGCACCACUGGUCAGAUUAUGUUCGACGAACAAGGCCAGCGCGUCGGCUACACAGUCGACGUUAUGGAACUCACGAUGCAACACAAGAUGCAGAAGAUUGGUUAUUGGUCUCAAGCAACCGGUUUCAUAAAACAGCCGGAUUCAAGGGGAUAUCAACCGACAUGGGUUGACCCAUCUGAGAAAAAACUCGUAGUCACUACCAUACUGGAGCCGCCUUUCCUCAUGUACAAGAACGCUAACGAUACCAGUGAUGACGAGGACAACCUGGAAGGCUACUGCAAGGACCUCAUUGCCAAGCUGAUGCGUGCGAUGGGCCGACAGUACAGCAUUCGUCUGGUCAAGGACAAUAAAUAUGGUUCUCGAGACAAGUCUGCGCAAUCUGGGUGGAAUGGAAUGAUUGGCGAGAUACUGAGAAAGGAGGCAGACAUCGCCGUCGCGCCGCUGACCAUCACGGCCGAGCGAAGCCGAGCCGUGUACUUCAGCGAGCCCUUUAUGCAGUCUGGCCUCGCGGUGCUCGCGCGCCGGCACGAGGCAGAGUCGCUCAGCGUGUUCAGUGUGUUCAGCUUCUUGCGGCCUCUCUCGUGGGAGGUAUGGCUGUGCCUGCUGUCUGCCUACGUCGCCGUCGCCGUGCUGUUGUUCGUCAUCAACCGACUCAACCUGGCCGUGGCUACUCCCCCUAAGGCACCCCCUGGACCCUGCAGCCACUUGUACAACAGCCUGUGGUAUGCCCUCGGGGCAUUCAUGUCCGAGGAGUGCAACAACUGCAGGCCCAAGUCUGUUGGCAGUCGGCUCAUCAGCUUCGGAUGGUGGCUCUUCGUCCUGGUGAUGUUAUCGAUGUACACAGCGCAACUGUGGGUGAAUCAGCCUUUCAGGGCACGUGCUCCUUCCGUGAAAGAUGUCAAGGAACUGGCUAUGCAAGACAAGGUAGAAUACGGCAUCGUCAGAGAUUCUGCCACCGAAGAGUUUUUUCGGCGCACGAAAGACACCUACUACGAAAGAAUGUGGGACUCGAUGGCUACGUUCAACAACACUAUGACGGCUACUAAUGAAGAAGGCGUAAAAAGAGUCCGCGAGUCCGAGGGUAACUACGCCUUCAUAGUGGACACCAUGAAGAUAAAGUACGCAACACAGAAGGCGCCCUGCGACCUCGUUCAAAUUGGCGACACAUUCCAGCCUUCCGGUUACGGCGUCGUUGUGUCGCACAAGUCGCCACUCAAAAAAAUACUGGACGUCACUAUAGCCAGGCUCCAAGAAGAUGGAGAGCUUUACGCUGUGUACAAGAAAUGGUUCGGGAAGGAAGAAUGUCAGCAGCCAGAACAGGGUGCCGUUCCGCUGGAGGUGACCAAGGUGGGCGGCUGGUUCGUCAUUCUCGGUGCCGGAUUGGUCAUUGCCGUGGCCGUGGCUGUGGCUGAGGUGUGGUGCAAGUCCCCCGCCAAGCCUAAGAAGGAAAAGAAGCCCAAGGAGCCAAAGGAGCCAAAGCCUAAGAAGGAGAAGAAGAAAAAGGACAAGAAAGAGAAGGACGACGAACAGAUCAAGGAAGAAGGCGUGGAGACGCAGCUCCUGCAGCCGGGGACAAACCCAAGCGCCUACACGGGAGGCUACGUGGGAGGAGCCGACCUCACCAUCGAGGAGGUGGGCGAAGAAGAGGAGGAGGACGAGGUGGUCAAGGUUCCCAUCGCCGACGUGGAGAACCUGACUGAUUCGGCAGAUGACAGCCGCGACAUCACGCGCGACGUGACAGCUGACCGCAUCGUUCCGCUAGCCGUCAACCCUCUGGAGAACCACCCGGAGAUAAAGUCCAUCGACCACAGCCCCGUCGAGUCACCCAAAGGGGGUGGCGGGUACGAAAGCUCCGAAGUCUAGGAAUCCGCCAUUUUAACGUUGCGAAAGGCCUUUUCGUGGGGACCCGCAACCAAGUCGGAGAGCGAUGCCUUUCCAGCACUGCCGGUGUGUCACCGAGGGAGAAGGAUGGGAGUACUUAACUGCUCCUGCCACGACAAAAAAGAAAAAAAGAAACAGUCCCGAUGCGGUUAAGCCGGCUGGCCGUGAGAGCCGUGGCUGUGACCUAAAUGAGCAACAUUGUUUUGACGCAGCAUACGCGAUACGGAACAUAUGCAGUCAAACAUGCACCGAACAGAUGUAGUGACAGCUGCACCUCGGUUAUGGUUGACUGCAGCUUGUUCCGUAACGGCGUACUUUGUAAACAUUGUCCUGUUUUUUUUUUUUUCGGUGUCGUUCUGCUAUCUCCCUGUCGGGUGACGCUACGGCAGUCAAAAACAGAACGAAUUAGGAUCCUCGCCCUGAGGCGCGCACUGGUUGUGAAGGAUCAGACAAAAAGGAAAGAGAAAUUGAGAACGUUUGCUCUAGGCUCAACGACACGAUGACAUUGAGUUUUCUCCCACCAGAUUAGGCAUUCGCGGGAACACAACAACUUGCGGUAUUCAUGCUUGCAGUGUUCCCCAAAGCAACAGCAGUGGACCUACAGAAAUGGAAUGUUGGUGGAAUUUAAGGAGCAAAUUCGUGGGUCUAACAGGCCUGUGUAUCGAGCAGAGCACAGAACUGCUGACUCAUGGUGCGUACAGAUUUAGGCAACGAGAAAGGCAACAGUAGAGAGACGCUUCUUACCCACAUGCUAGAGGAGAAAAACGGUUGUAUCAAGCAGCCAUUAUUGAAUGAAAGAAUUUGUGGGGCAGCAGCAGGGACGGCCGCCGCUCUGGAGCAACGCACACUGCCACUUCUUAGGAUGGUUACAAGCCAAACGUGUCCAUAUCCCAGUAUAUUCGUGCAGUGCACUACCUUCCCGACGUACAAAGAACGCACCAUUCAGCGCACUAUUAGACAUAUGUCUUUUGGCAUAGCACGAAUUUUUGCACCCGCUCCCGGAGACUAUGUCCGCACGUUCAGGGAGUUAGGGUUGCUAGCUAAAAUGGUACUUGUAACCUCACAGUGAAAAAGAAGCCACCUGUGGCGACAACAACACCGACUACCAUGAAAGACGCCAUGCAUUUUCUUGUGUGUGCGGUUUUCUGCCGCCUUGCUUCGAACGCAAGGAUAAUCUAUGCUUGCUUAAAGUUAUGAAGCUUGUCUUAGCCAAGAAUUCACAGAAGCUUGAAGAACGCCAUUCAGCUAUCAACGGGUGGCUUCUCGAAGUCAAACGUCAAGGGUGUGUGCAAAUUAAAGAAGCUUGCGCGGAGAAUUAAAGCACCACACUUUUGUAUAUCGUUAUUUGGCACGGCAAGAAAAGAUAAACAACACGGGCGUAGCCAGGCGUAAAUCUUUAUGCUGAGAGCGCCUGUUAUUGAGGUUGAAAUUAAAGCCAAGAUGAACAAGAGAAAAGCUAGUAGAAAGGAAGUGCGGAAUAAAUGUCACGGCCCAAAAACAUGACCGAUGUUCUUUCCAAAGAGGACUGAACAACAGCAGUAAGCACGUUGACUUCAGUUCUAUUUCCUUGAACACUGCUCAAUAGCUUCUGGCUGUGCCCACACUAUCGCCAAAUUUUGUCGAUCUUUUUUAAACAUCUUGCGUAGGACCCACAGUACUUUUCUACAAAAUUACAAGUUCAUCAAAGAGCUGCACCAAGCAGCAACACAGCAAACAAAGAACGGGCCGUUUACUUUUUACACGACUGUUCUCUAAACCCGAUUAAGUCAUACGCAAUCUUCACGGCAGUGAUACAUUUUCACCUCGCAAAAAAAAAAAAGUAGUGAUGACAACUCCGGUGUUUCCCACAGGCUGAACCUAUAUAGGGUGUCCGAGCUAGCGUUAGCCAAGCUGUUCAACUAAAAAAGAAAGAAAGACGGUGCAAGAUGCGAUCGUAAGACGUACGGUGCUCGACCUCUGAUGACUGAAUACCAUAGGUUUAAUAACUGCAUCUUGCAACGUGUUUUCUAAAUCUUUGUUUUCACUGAGCAGCUUGCCUAACGUUAGCUGGGACACGCGGUAUAAAAGAACCUCACACCCUUCAACCUAUUGGAACACUGGGUGAUGAUGAUUUGUGUGCGAAAUUUUUUUCACCACUAUACGGCAUUUUUCUGCGCCAGCGGAGGUAGUUCGCGUCAUACACACGUCACAAUAAACCCGCUACCGGCGUCCUCUAGAUACGUGCAUCCACGAAAUCUCCUACGGCCGUCCUGUUAUAUGGUCACGUGACGCCGGCGUAUACCAGCGUGUGUCGCUUCCGUAGAUGAUAACUGGCAUAGCCCUGUCUAUCGCUGGCUCCAGAACGCUAUAAAUUCGGCAUCGCCGUUGCAGGCGCUGUGUGCACAGAGAGAACAACGUGUAGUACGUUUUCCGGGGGUGCUGUCAAAGGGCCUUCCGAGCGUCGGCCUGUGUGUGUUUAGCUGGCGCCAUUUGGCUCCCCAUACUCUGCCUGCCUGUGACAUCAUCUAUCCGCACCAAUCGCGCUGGCACAUAGUUUCCGGUACCGCUUCGCUUGCUCCGUGGUUGUCGCCCCGAUUGUCGACGGAGUGUCUUCUUCUUCGAGGCCCGCAGGGGUCGCAGCCAUUGGCUGUUUGGUGACGCUCGUAACCGGUGGCGUUGUUCACGUUGCCCGUUACGGCGGCGGCGCCCAUGAGCACGCUCUGCUCAACUGUUGCACCCGCUGUACUGCCGUGUUCCGAGCGCUUGCCUCGUCACGUGCUGUUUGCUCAAGCGGUCGCACGGAGGCGCUGCCUUUCGUGCAGCGGUCAUCGUGGUGCGCGUUAGUGUGCAGUGAUACGCGACCACAUCUUAGAGGUAGAUCUUCAUUGGCGGGUGAGUGCGAAUCAUGUGUCAUUGUGCCACCUGUGCAUCAAUAUAAAGAGAACGCGGUGAUCCUCGCCGCGCACCCUAGGAGGCCAGCUGAUCAUUCGUGCACGUCAAAAGCUGUGCGCCCCGAUUGUGCUGCGUGAACGUUUCGAGUCUACGUAACGAACCCCGUGGCCCCCUCCCGCGCAGAGACCAAAAUUGUUCGUGUCUGGUGCAGUGGCUCCUUGACUUUCUUUCCUUGCUCUUUUUCUUUCACCCCCGCCCCCCUUUCUUUUCUUUACUUUUUUUUUGCUGUGGCAGACAUCUAGCGCACAAAAAGACAAUCCACGUCUGAACAUUGGCAUGAGUAUACACUAAUUGCGAAACGGGUAAUUGCACGUUAGUUAUAGCUUCAACGUGGCCAUGAGCUGCUUGCCAUAUUGGUUAACGACGACACACACGCUGCCAUGUAUAUAUCCGAAAGCCAUUGCGAUGAGUUGUGAGCAUUGGUGGCACCUGCGCCGGGUCGCAAGCAAGCACCGUCUGCAAUGUCAGCAACCCUGUCGAAUCAAUAUCCGCACACAAAAUUACUGAAAUUUCCUUUUCGCAAAGAGUGAACGCUUUCCGAAAUUCUGUAAAGCAUUGAUGUGGCCUAGAGCUUCGUCAUAAGCUGCGCAUUGGCAUAAGACAACUAAUUUGAGUCAAACAAGUCCAUUAGGGAUUAUUCACUGCACGUGCCAAAUCGCUGCGACUUUUCAGCAAGUCAUGGUAGCUUAGCGAAAAGUAAUGGAGGGACAAAAAGAACAAUGAAACAGACAAAUUUCUUUUAUGAAAAAGAAUGCCUCUAUCUGAACCAGCCAAGCUUUUAUGAGCCUGCACCCUUCCGUGUACGAUUUUCUUCAAUUCGCUGUCUUUUAAUGUCGCGUCUCCCUGUGAGACGACGAUGUGACGCUGCCCACACGCGCCUCAAAUAGUACGCAUAUCGAUGGGUGCCCUGUGAAUAGACACUUGAUACUAGCGCCCGUCCUCGUCAGUUUCAUCGUUUUUUGGUGUCCGUCUAUCACUCUGCGCCAAGCUAGCAUAGUAAGAAUGCAAGAUUAUCUAGCCCAACAGCCAAUCCUCCCGAUGCUUUGUGUUCGAUAUUUUUUUAAAAGCAACAUGUGUCUGUGUUUCAUAUUUUGUAUUUAAGAGAGGCAGAUAUGAACAUGCCAAAAGCAUAUGAGGCCGCGGUUCUAGUACUUUCACAUGAAAAGCAUGCAUCUGUACUCCUCCAACAACAACGCAAAAAUGUCCAAUAUAUGCUAAUGUUAGCAUAAGAUUGGCUCUCUGUAUAGCUACAACGUCUCGUAUUUUUUUCUUUUUUGCAUUUGUGGCUCCAAAGUAAUCAUGGUGUGCAUGUGGGUAGAUAAAAAAAAAAGUAGCGGCGAAAGAAACCCUCAGUCGGCACUGACAUUACUAUGACCAUUUCGAGUGCAUUGUUUGUGUUCCCCGUUCUUGCCGAAUUGAUACUCUGCUUCUUCUGGGUAUCCUGCUUAUCGUAUACCGAAAAUAGCAAGGAAUAGAAGAGAAUCACGUAGCUUAUUCAUAUUUUUUUUUUUGCCAUGCUCGGCUGAAAUAUUAUUGUUCUCAAGAAAACUUAUGUACCAUCGCAAACUUAUUUCAGUUCUGCGUAAACCCGUAAAUAGUUUCAAAAAUAUCAAAUUUGUGUGGACAAUACCCUGGCGUCGUUUAUUGCAAAGUCCCUGUUGUACUAUUUUUUGCUUGCUAAAAAUUCUUCUCCUUAUCUAAAGUUUCUGAAGUACUUGAACAUCGUUAGUAUACCUCAUUUUUUCUAAGAAUUCAAAAUCUGGCGAACUGUUUUCAGAAUCGAAUUAGAGCUAGCAGUGUUAUUUUUUUCUUUUUUUUUGCAUCUUUCGGAAAAGUCUCGUUGUACACAACUUGCAAAACAAUGACCUACCUAUGUGCAGAGUAUUGUGAUAAACAUGCAGAAAUCACCGUUUGUACUUGGACUAGUGGAAUGUCGAUUCCGCGCACCCGUCAUCGCUUUCCACUCGCAAGUACCAUCAGGAAAUGAUCUGACAACCGGUUUAGACAGUCUCAUUUGAACACUGGCGCAAUUUAGAAAAUCACAUAGGAGAACAAUUCAUGAUGUGAAGUGUGUUUGUACAGUGUACCCUGUAACGCUGCCACCAACAAAGGUCCUCUUGAUGUCAAGCAAAAUGCUCUUCUGGCAUUUUCGUCCCGAGAUCUACCUAUACUUCGCAGAUGUGGUUCUGUUCGGACUGCUCAAAUGCGUGGCGUAGAUCGUUGGCAGUGACCGCUUGUAAUUGGCCUCCAAAGCAAAGAAAAUAUGGGCCAUUGCAUCCUCGGCACCGGGGAUGCGGUCGACGUGGCACUGUAUUCGUACACGUUCUGCAGUGCUGACCAACGUAUUAGCUUAACGAAGCGUCUUCUACGGCGGCCACAGAUUUUGUUACGUGUGUGUUGUUGGUUUUUGUUUGUUUUCUUUUUUUUCCCCAGUGUACAACCGCGUCGAUUUUCUCUCUACAUACAGACAUACAUAUUAUACAUACUUAUACACAUAUAUCUUAGAAUGCAAGUCGUGCAUACCGCGUAUUACUAUUCUGAUGUAUACCUGUAUAUCGCGUACGUGAGGGUUUGCCAUGCUGGGAGGCUACGACUUUUGUAAAUGUUCAUGUUUCUCUCUGUAAAUUUAUAAAUGGUAUCGGUUUUACAAAAAUAAAGUGUCCUAAAUGGG